UAAUUUAGUUAGAUUUUUUAUUUAACUACAAUACAACACUUCAUUUCAGAUAUUCGAUUAUUCGAUCGUGAAAAAAGUGUUUUUUUUUGGGCGAGUGUUUCAGAUACAUCAGCUUCUACAAAGCUUAAAUUUCACGAUGCGGAGUUUAAGAGCCCACAGAAAUAGCCUUAAAAUACCGGCUGUCAUUAUUUUUUUAGUUUCCUGGUACACGUUGUUUUCAGUUAAAAUUUGUAAGAAAGCAACAUGUUCCUCAGUCGCACCAUAUGAGACUCUAACUCAUCUUGCAGAGACCUUGAAGUGAGCAAUGGGUACCGUAUGUUUUAAAGACAGCUCUACAGAUUCCAGACAAAGGAGGAGUAGGCGCAACAAUAGCUACACGGAAGCAAAUGCAGUCAGGCCUCAGGGGGAUUUUGUGGUGUCAGACGCGGAGUCGGAGUCUAUCUGGAUAUUGAAUGUGGCCAGGAGUCCUCUGCCGCCUAAUCUUGAGCGAAUGUCCGUGUCAUCGAUCAGGGAAACAUGUUCAAUCGAUAUGCAUGUGAAGCAUACUCUAAAAGGGGUGAAUAAUCUACACGAGAUCCCUACUCGUGAGCCACCCCUGUGUAUGCUUCGACUGCAUGACGUGGCUGAGGUGGAGAAUGGCUGGAUUGCAGUGGUGAUGGCUCUGGUCGACUCAGUGCCCGCAGAGGAGGCAGUUGGAAGUGCUGUCAUCAUGAUUGUCAUUGAUGAUUGCUCACUUCCUAACAAGGUCACAAUCAACAGGCUUGUGAAACAUCUCAACCUGGGCAGCAAACAAGUGGGCAAGUUGAACGGGCCACAUGGUGCUAAGUGGCGCAACGUGUGUACGGUGCUGGGAUGUCUGGCUGACAAGCUGGCUGGCCCGAAUGCAGAAGCCAUCCUGUCACGAGAUGUGCUAGACUUCUUGCUCUCAUGUCUGGAACCAAAGGUCGCUUAUGAAACAACUUUACAUGCCCUAGUUGCAAUUGAGAAAGUGGCAAAAACAGCCAAAAACAAGUCCCAGUUUGAGAAACUGCUGGUUGCCAAUCUGUUGGCACGUCUGGAAACUUUGUACAGCUCAAAAGACUACAUGGCUCAGCAAGUUGGCUUCUGUGCACAAUGGUUGCUGGACAAUAUCUUCUUGAAAGAAGGCCGGGCGUUCACAUAUGAAGUGGUGCUUUCUAAUCUCGAAUCAAGGGGCAAAGGGUCCCGCUUUCCUCCCAAUGGGGCAAUGUUAAACGACAGCGACGUCUCAGAGUACCUGAAGAUAUCGGCUGACGGACUCACCGCUAGAUGUGACGCCUACUCGUUUGAAAGUGUAAGGUCAACUGUUCACGUAGACAAGGGUGUGUGGUUUUAUGAAGUGGAGGUCGUGACCCCGGGAAUCAUGCAGAUCGGCUGGGCAACGAAGAACAGUCGCUUUUCAAAUCACGAUGGGUUUGGGGUAGGUGAUGACGAAUUAUCAUGUGCUUACGAUGGCUGCCGGCAAUUCAUAUGGCACAACGCGGUCACCACACGUCACAACCACGACUCCUGGAAGCCAGGAGACUACAUAGGUUUCCUGAUUGAUUUAGACCACGAAGAAAUUGUAUUCUCAAUGAACGGCGAGGAGCUAGACCCAGAAAAAGACAUUUUUGUGUUCGCGAAGAGUGGCUUCUACGCGGCUGCCAGUUUCAUGUCAUUCCAACAGUGUGUGUUCAAUUUUGGAGACCGUCCUUUUAAGUUUCCACCAGACGAGAAGAGAAGGCCGACUGUCAAGGGUCUGAUCGCGGCCUGUCAGCAGUUUGGAAAUGAGAAACAAGCAAUGACCAAAUGUAUUCUGCCGCGACAUGUGAAGCAGAAAAGGAUGUUGGAGGAGAUGUCACAAGAGAGGCAAGCAGAAGAAGCAAAGACGAGCGGUGGUGGGGAUCAAUCCAGACAGAGUAAACCAAUCUGUUUCAUAUGUUGCACGAACGAGGCCGACACGCGCAUUCUGCCAUGUAGACACACGGGCGUAUGUAUGAUAUGUGCACUCCAAUUGGAGCAGUGCGCAGUAUGUAGAACAAUGAUUGAGUCAAGAGAACCAAUAGUGUCAAAUAACGAACGCUCUAACUCCGAAGGAUCCACUAGCGUUUUUGUAUCAAAUGAACCCAACAUCGUUGCAGUGGAGUAAAUCAAGAUAAUCAACAAACAUUUCCCAUUUAUGUUCAAUUUUAUUUCAACAAUAUGCGCAGCCAGUAACUUAAGUUGUAAUUAGCAGAAUAAAGAAUUAUAUCUGUUUUGUAGAUUAGCUCAACUUGGAAUUUUAUCCUUUUAAAA